AUAGCCGCUGCAUUUCUUUUCUCUUUCUCCCUUCACAUUCCAUUAUCAUAGUGCUCCAAUGGAGAAGGAAGGAGUGGCGGGGCCCAGGUACUGAUCCGCAUCGAGGACUCAGACCAACACACUGGCAGAUCUGAAACCGGAUGGUCUUUUCCCUCUUUUUUAAAAAAACGAAAACCAAAAAAAAAAGAAAGAAAAAAAAGCGAGAAUCAACAGGAUGCCUUGAGACACACGCAGCAUCUGGCGGAGGAUUAACAUACAUACAUGUGUAUGUAUGCGUCACGUAUAUAUUUACUGCAAAUGGUGGGGAUCAUUUAGUGCCCGAGAUGGGAGACCUGAAGUCAGGUUUCGAAGAGGUGGAUGGCGUGAGGCUCGGCUACCUCAUCAUUAAAGGAAAGCAAAUGUUUGCUCUCUCCCAAGUCUUCACAGAUCUGCUGAAAAACAUCCCGAGGACGACCGUGCACAAGCGCAUGGAUCAUCUGAAAGUGAAAAAGCACCACUGCGAUCUGGAGGAGUUGCGGAAACUCAAAGCAAUCAACAGUAUCGCCUUCCACGCGGCCAAAUGCACGCUCAUCUCCCGGGAAGACGUAGAAGCGCUCUACACAUCCUGCAAAACCGAGCGUGUGCUCAAGACCAAGCGAAGGAGGGUCGGUCGGGCCCUGGCCACAAAGGCGCCGCCGCCAGAGCGCGCCGCCGCCGCCAGCCCCCGCCCGGCUUUUUGGAAGGACAAGCACCAACUUUGGCGGGGCCUGAGCGGAGCCGCGCGGCCCCUGCCAAUCAGCGCGCAGUCCCAGCGUCCGGGCGCCGCCGCCGCGCGCCCCGCCACCCAUCUACCUCAGAUUUUUAACAAAUACCCGGGCUCGCACUACCCGGAGAUCGUUCGCUCGCCUUGCAAAUCCUCUUUAAACUAUGAAACUGCCCAGCUCCAGGGAAACUACGUCGCCUUCCACUCGGACCCCGCUUAUUUUCGGAGCCUGCUGUGCAGCAAGCACCCGGCUGCAGCCGCCGCCGCCGCCGCCGCCGCCGCUGCCGCCGCCGCCGCCGCCGCCUACUACCAGGCGGCCGGGCCCCAGCCCAAGGCGGCGACCGGCGCGGGAGGCCCAGUGAGCCUGACUUACCGCUGCAAGCGCAAGCGCGGGGGCGCCAAAAACUGCCUGCUCGCGCCUCACGCCGGCGCCCGGCGCCUGCUGCUGCUGCCCAGGUCCUACAAAGCCAAGGCGGCGGCGGCGGCGGCAGCGGCGGCUGCUGCUGCGGCGGCGGCCGGGGCCACUUGCUUGGAGAGAUUUCAUCUGGUCAACAGCUUCUGCCCGCCUCCCCACCACCACCAUCACCAUCACCACCAUCAUCAUCACCAUCACCACCGGGCCCAGCAGCCAACGCCGAGUCACCACCCCCCUCAUCACCGGCCGCAACCCCAUCUAGGAAGCUUUCCCGAGAGUUGUAGCAGCGACUCCGAAUCCAGCUCCUACUCCGACCAUGCAGCCAAUGACUCGGAUUUUGGCUCCAGUUUGUCCAGCUCCAGCAAUUCGGUGUCCUCAGAGGAAGAGGAGGAGGAAGGAGAGGAGGAGGAGGAAGAGGAGGAGGAAGAGGGGGGCAGCGGGGCCUCGGAUUCCAGUGAAAUCAGCUCCGAGGAGGAGGACUCGUCCACCGAGUCAGACUCCAGCUCCGGGUCCAGCCAAGUGUCAGUGCAGAGCAUCCGUUUCAGGCGCACCAGCUUCUGCAAGCCUCCCAGCGUGCAGGCGCAGGCCAACUUCUUGUACCAUCUGGCCUCCGCCGCCGCUGCAACCAAACCCGCUGCUUUCGAGGAUGCCGGCCGACUUCCCGACCUCAAGAGUAGUGUCAAAGCCGAGUCUCCAGAGGAGUGGAGUCUGCAGAGCUGGGCUCCCAAAGGGACUCCGGUGUACUGCCCGGCCAGCUUGGGGAGUUGUUUCCCAGAGAUAAGAAACGAUAGGGUAUCUGAGAUUACAUUCCCACACUCUGAAAUAUCCAGUACUGUAAAGAGAACUGACCUGACAAUUAACUGCCAGGCAGAGGGGGCCUCUUCACCUAGCCCAAAGACAAACAAUGUAUUUCCACAACAAAGAAUACUCAGAGAGGCUAGGAAAUGCCUACAAGCAACUCCUACUACACACUGUGCAGAAAACAGCACAAUAGCUGCUAGGUUCUUAAAUAAUGAUUCGUGUGGAACAACAGCAAAUUCAGGAAAAGAUUCCAAAAUCCCUCAUUGUCCUGAAUUUGCUACGGAUUUGCCCUCUCCUCAAACUGAUCCCAGAGUGGAUGCAGCAACAGCAACAGCAGCAGCAGCAACUAAAGCUGAGAGCCUCUGCACUGACACAGGCGACAAGACAUUGCCAUUUCUGCACAAUAUUAAAAUCAAAGUAGAAGACAGUAGUGCUAAUGAAGAAUAUGAACCUGCUCUUAUUACAAAUAAGCUAAAGUGGGAGUGCAAUGAUACCGAGGGUGAGUUUUACAGUAUGACUGAGAAGAAAGAGGAGGAUGCCUUGUUACCCACAGCCAAGGAAGGUUUGACAUGCCCUGAGAGAGAAACGCCUUCCUUGAAUCCACUGGCUCAGAGGCAGGGCCUCUCAUGCACUUUAGGAUCUCCAAAACCUGACGAUGGGGAAUAUAAAUUUGGUGCCAGGGUAAGAAAAAAUUACCGGACACUAGUACUGGGCAAACGACCAGUCCUUCAGACACCUCCAGUCAAACCAAAUUUGAAAUCAGCUAGAAGCCCUCGUCCUACAGGUAAAACUGAGACACAUGAAGGAACACUGGAUGACUUUACAGUUUUAAACAGACGCAAAAAGGUAGCCAGCAAUGUAGCAUCAGCAGUGAAAAGGCCAUUUAAUUUCAUGGCAAAUUUUCCUUGUCCACCUUCACUCAUUAUUGGGAAGGACGGGGAUUUGUGGCCAGCAUAUUCCUUAAACACCACUAAGGAUUCCCAACCUCCUCACAAGGCCCAUCCUAUAUGGAAAUGGCAGCUGGGCGGUUCUGCAAUACCUCUUCCACCUAGUCACAAAUUCAGGAAAUUUAAUUCAUAAAAAAUGUUUUGGAAGAUAUUUUCUUGAACCAUAUUACCUUCCUUUUGUUGUAAACUGCACAGGAUGGCUUGUACCAAGUCCAUUAAUGGUGUUACACCCCUUUUGGAGUCCUGGUUUAUCGCAUUUUGAAGACAGAAAUCGGAUUACUUUUUUUUUCCCAUUGCGGGUUUUUUUUUUUAAGGGUGGGGGAGGGGUGGGAGAAGGGUUGGUUUACAUACCACAGACUACUUCAGGCUAAAGACUCAAGUAAAACUCAGUUAUUAUGGUAGAGCUGGAACACUUUACUGUUUCAAUGCUAAUAAUGCACCGGUACCUCAAUUCAACUGCUACAAAUAAAUGUCAAAAGGUUGAAUAAUAAAUAUUACAAUGAGCCAUUAAGUUUAUGCACUAGAUUUCAGACCUGAAAGUGUAACUGGUAUUCAGUGAAAGUUUGUUAGGUUACAUGGUUACACAAUGAGGUAGCAAGAAGCUUCUGUGAGCCCAAAUGUAAUUUUCUGGAGCUCUUAUUUGUGGGGUGUCUUUAAAAAAAAAAACCCUGAUUCCCUUUCCAAUAGUAGUUGCACUUAACUGGUUUUGUUUUUUUUUUUUUUUUAAAUGGAAAGAUUGGGGUAUGAGUCCUGAUUGGAUGCUGAUUUAAAAGCUGCCUAUUGUGUGAGAAGUAAAAGAAAUAUUUUUUUUUAACCUUUACAGUCACUCCUUGCAAUUGGCAAAGUCCCUUCUGUGCUCUCACCCAAACAUUUAGAAUAGGAUGACUCUUGCUGGGCUCCUGCUUCUCUUCUGAUCUGAAGAUAACUCUUCAAGCUUUCAAAACAAUUAAAACAUUUCUCUUAAUAGCAGGAUGUUUAAUGGUCUAACUCAUCCUAGUGAUCAAGCAGUAAAUACAACCAAGAAAAAGAGUCAUAACACCCCAAGUGAAAAAUAACUGAUUUCAGGGCUUUUUGGUAUCAGAACUCAGGCACUUGGAUUUUAUUACCUUAUGCUUUUUUUUCUGCAUCUCACUAAACUUCUGUUUCAGGCCAUCCUGUGUAUAGAACAGGAGAGUUUCUACUGCAAGUGACAAUCAGAGGUGACUAUCUAUAUUUGCACUUAAAAUCAAAGUAGCUCCACAUGCAAAUGGUCUAGCCUUUGGUAAGGCCAUGCUGGUGUACUGUGUUAUAAAGAUGAGAGCAGUAAAUCAAAAUUAUGGAAAUUUGCACUGUUGAAAAGCAUGCUUUAGCUUUAUUUUCAAUUAAAAACACUGUUUAAAAUUCCUGGUUCCAUACAUUUCUACUUAUUCCAGAUUGAAGAAGAGUUAACAAGAAUGAAUGGCUUUGUUGACAUUUUCACUUGUAAUGUUUUUGCCUGAAAGAAAUGCAUUUAUUGGGUGCAGUGUUUUGUGGUAAUACUUUGUGAUGAGACCAAUCAGGUUCUGGGCACAACACUGGCAAACUUCCUCUCAAAUAACAGAAAAACUUUUCAAACUUGUUAUAAGCCAACUAUUAAAAAGUUUCAUAUUUAAGAAAAUGAAGCAAAGAUCAGUUGUUAUUUUAAUGAAAGUUGAAUCUAGUAAUUCUUGGGUCACCAAAUUAUGUAUCUUAGAUCCUUGUUAUCUUUUAGUCUAAGAAAUUGCAUCUACAGACCAUAAAUCACAAAGCAAAACAAAACACCAAUGAGAUGUUUACUGUGUGAAUUUAAAUCAUUAUUUCUCAUGGAAAUUCAGCUAUUUAUUUUCCUUAACCUUUUAAUUCCUACCCCCUUUGAAAUUUUCCUCUUGUCUAUAAAUGUUUCAGAUAGUUCUGGAUGGUCUCAGACCUAAUUGCUGUGUAUGAUCUGUGGUUUUCCUCCUGUUGUAAAGGACAGAAGCUGAGAAUACCUGCAUCCAAAUACAUUCGGAUGGAGUGAACAGACGCUUUGAACCGCCUUCCUUCCUUUUCUUCUUGAAUGUUGCCAGAUGUAGGCUCACUGGAAUUUUUUUUUUUUUUUUUUUUGAAUCAUAGAUAUGGUCAAAGCAAAAUUGGGGGAUGUUAUUCUUGAAUUCAUGUUUGUAUAUAUUUCCAAAGACUAGUCCAUAGUCUCAGUUAAAAGUGCCAGAAAUCUGAACUGGCUUCUGAGCUUGAGUCCAUUCCUCUUUGGAAGGCAAUGAAGAAUUUAGGGACAGUGAGUUGUCUUUAUAAAGAAAAACAAAACAAAAACCAAAAACAAAGCAGUCUAAAAAGUAUGACCCCAACACAGGGGAUGUCUGUAAUUUCCAGUCUUAAUUAGUGACAAGACGAGCAAGUUCAAGUACAGAAACUGCUGCUUUUAGACUAGGACUUUCCAUGGUGGCUACAGACUGCUACCAAAAUAUAAACUGAGAAUCUAUUUUAAGUCUACAGAUCGUGAGUGUGGAAGAUUGUAUGAUGGAAUAAACACAAAUUAAGACAAAUAUUCCAUAGAAUUUGGACAAAAUAUGAGGCUGCAGCUUGGACACUUGGUCCCCAGUCCUCAGAGAAUCAGUAGGUUCAGCUUCCAGGAGCUGCUAAUGAGCAGAAUGGGGCCGAGGCAUACCAGAGUGAUCAAGAGGGAAGAUGUUGAGUAGUCAACAUAAAUUUUAUCCCACGGUGUUACUGAGAAACAUUAGCCACAGCAAACACUGAGUUGGGGGUUUCUGUCAGUAAAGUGUGCCACAUAGUAAGUCUUGGUGUGCAAAUAGAAGGUAUUCUUUCAAUUCCUAGUAGUCCUCAACUGGUUUCCCAUCCUGCUGUGGGAAUUAGUCCCAGAACAGUUUAUUUUAUUUGGGUUGUUUUAUGAUUAAAGACAAUUUCUAGGUGUUUCUCAGCUGCUAUAAAUGUCAUAUUUGUUCAAAAGUUAAGCCUUACUGAGAGAAAAACAAAAGUUCCCUCCAUUGAUAGGUUGAAUUUGUACAUCUGAGGGUUUCAGGGAAUAGGUUUGUCCUGUGAGGCUCUAGGGCCACCGAUUCCUGUGUCUAACUUAGCUCAGCAGACAUGGGGAAAGUGUGAGAGAAAUCCCUUUCUCUGAUUUUUUUUGGUGAAGCAAACUUAUUCCUGGAAAUUUCCUGAUAAGCCUGUGAAGUGAUGAUUUAAUUAUUUUUUAAAGCGAUGCCUGUACUUUCCCCCCAGUCAGGUUAUCUGCCUUAUAGGAGAAUACAGCUCCCCCACCCCCAACUAUUUACUUUUUAGAAUGGGUGUUCCUUUCUCUUGCCUUACUUGAUUACAGUGGAGUAAUCUCAGUAAUGGUUGUUUAUUUGAAAACCAACGACAAGGAGCCCCCACUAAACAGCAAUAACACAAACUAGAUGGGCUGAUGUGUGGGGUUUUAUCUUAUUUGUGUCUGGGUGACCUUCAGUGGUCUAGAAAUCCCUCAGAAUUCUUAAUUAACAGGUCUUAGGCUGGGAAUUUCUACUGAUAAGCGAAUGGGAAUUUUGUUUGCACACAGGAAAAGAUGUAGGUGAAAGUAGUUCCUUGAAAGCAUUGUUUUUCUUUCAAAGAAAACAAAAAUACUCCACGGUGAAAUUUUCCUUAAAAAAACAAAACAAUAAAACA